AUGGAAUUAUCUAUCUCCAAUCUCUUUGCUAUGUACACAUCAAAUCUGCUCUGGAGUCUUUUUCUUACAUCGACGGCGCUGCACGCUGUAGCUCUCAUCACGAGCCCUAUGCAAGCUGUUUUGAAAUGGUAUCGUCGUCAGAGCAGCGACAGUGACACGUGUUUGCCAUAUCUCUGCGCUGUUAUCGGGUCUGGAUUAUGGCUGCGAUAUUCCGUCUUCAUACAAGAUACCAAACUGAUUCUGCUUCAGUCCUAUGCUGUCACUAUGCAGAGCUUUUUCCUGUUCGCACUUAUAUUCUACCGUUCUAAGAAGCGGCGACUGAUACGUCUCGUCCUUUUUAUUGCAGUUUUUCUUUUCAUUGUUUUCUACUACAUUCAGUGCAUGAAUGAAGACGAUGGAAAAGAGGUAAUACGAAAAAGUCAAAGUCGAAAAUGCCUUUCUGUAAGAGUUGGUUCUUCUCCAUUGCAGACUACUGGUAGGAUUGCUUCUGCGGCACAAAUAGCCGGUUCGCUUGUGUGUCCAUACCUAAUCUAUAAAGCAGUCACGUCGAGAUGCGUUGACUUCGUUCCACUGGCUCCUGUUGCUUUUACAUGGAUUAUGGAGUUGCAUGCGAUCAUAUACAGCAUUGGAAUCGAUGAUUUCUACAUGCUGGUAAGGAUUUUCUUUAGAAACAUCGCUCUUAGCAUACUUUUUGUUGAUUAG